CUCAGUUCCUAGCGAUCCUCGGUUCCAAUAGCGCUAUUUUCAUGCUGUGUUCCAAGACAUCCGGCCACGUUCUGUUUCUAGAAAAAUCCGCAUGCCGGCAUGAAUCUUUCACAGAACAAGGCAUGAAAAGAAGAGCAACUUUCAUAUUCAAACAAGGUACACACAAGUGUUUUUUUGAACGGUUUAGGUGAUGACUGUCCCGCGAAAUAGCAAACGCCGGCGAAUAUUUUACGACUUGGCCGCCGCAUUCGAAGAUCUUUACUUCACCAAAGCUUUUGGUCCGGGAAUUUUGGCGGCGUUGUUCUAUGGACUAGUUUCUGGAUCAAUGUCCUUUGUAAAUAAGGUAAGCUACUAAGAGAGACCUGUAUUAACCACGAUCGCAUAUUAAUAACUAGCACAACCCUCACAGUCCUUUAUUACAUGCAAAUGAAAGCUUGAAUUCUAAUUAGUUCUAUAUAAGCUUAAGUAAAUUAAAAGAAGCAAAACUAGAAAACAUUUUUCUCGAUAGUUAAAAUUGUGUUUGAGGGGUAAAGCCUUUUUUUGGCAUGAUUCAGUGUGCACUAGCUAGGAUGCUUAUAGCCUGCGAAAACAUCUGUUUCUCCUCGCUCUUCGCCGCUGCCAGGGGACGUUUCGCGAGGUGAACGUCUGCGACUCAGCGACAGAAAUUCCAUACUGAUGAGCUACCACACCAGACCAGAAAACCAAGCGAACGACUUUGAGAAAGUCUACCAAAAACUGUGAAACUCAGAAUACUGUGAACCCCAGUAAUACUUCUGGAAUGUAAUAUUCUGUUCCAAGGAAAAAGCCAAUCAGGCAUGAGAAAACUAAACCACAAGCAACAAUGGUUAUUAGUUUGGGGCCUUGAGGCUUGCUCUGUGUUUUUAUCUUCCUUUAUAUAUGAUAAAUUUUAUUUUAUUACUUAAAUUUUAUAAUGGGGUUACAACUGCAAAAAAGUGUUAUUUUGUGCUGGAGGGUUGACCCCGUUAACACCUUUUAGCACCGUACUGAUAAAUUUGUGUUAACUUUUUUUUAAAACAUUUGUAUGUUCCUCAGAUUGUUCUCACCUCAUAUUCUUACCACUUUCCUAAUGUUAUGAUGUUGGCACAAGUUGUCGUCACAUCUGUCAUUCUUGAAGGAGGAAGGCUACUGGGAUUUUCUAGCAUGCUAAAAUACACAUUGGAAAGGUACUGCUUUGCCCAGUGAAAGGGGGAGGUUACCGGUAUACAUUUUUGGGUGGUGGUGUACUAAUGAGGCCACUUUCGGGCUUUUCUUGCUGUUUGCACUCCAAAGAAGAGAGUGCCCCACUGAGGGUUUAAUUCUCUUCAUAUUAGUCUCCUUCACAGCUGCUCAAGCCAGAGUCAUGCAAUACUCCCCAUCACCACACAGCUGCUAUUUUCUGCAUGAAAAUGAAAGUUGCACUUUGAUUGGCUGUUCUCUGGAAAAGGAAUGUAUGUCGAAUUGAACCAGUUGCGUGGGUACUGGGAGCAUUGUGACUCUUGACCCGAGCAGGUGUGAAGGAGGCUCUUUUAUAUUGGCAUUAUCUUCCAAAUAUUUAUAGUUUCCAUUCAUUGAAGGAAAACAUUAACGAAUGACACCUCCCUUGAUAAAAGCAUCCCCUCUGACUAAGUGUCUCCACCCCACAUCUCCACCCCCAUUCCCACCCCUACCCCCUCUUUUAGAUAAAACUUUAUGUGUUAAGUGCCUGGGCCUUUCAAAAAAACAAUUAUGUCAAAUUUAUGGUAACGGGAAGGGUUAAUAAAUGACUUUAACUUCUGAGAUAUAGUGGCUAUGAAAUGUAACAGCAAUGAUAAUCGAUCAGAAUUAUUUAGCAUUAGUAAUCAAGUUUGGUUUAAAUUUGUGUUAAUUUAUGUACUUUUUUUUCAACAGAGGAAGAAUGUUUUUUAUCCCUUCAAUAUGUUUUGCCCUUCAUACCACUUUGGCUUUAAGAGCCCUUGAUGAUUUAUCUAUACCUAUGUAUGUAUCAAAAUAAUAAUUAUUUUCAAACAAUUUAUAGUUUAAUUUUAUGUAUUAUACUGUGCAUCAAGCAACUUCUUGCGAGUUAUUGUUGAGCCAUGUCUCACUCUCUGCCCAGGGGCCUGUUUCUCAAAAGGCCCAGAAACUUUUCAGGGGGCAAAUUUUAAAAUCACAACAUCUUGAAUAUCAGCACAGUUCCUAGUGCACAAACUAGUUAAUUUUGCUUUGUUAACUGAUAGUAAUUCAUUAUAUCAUUUUCAAAAUUUUAAAACUUGGAAUAUGUUGAAUGCAAAGAUGGCAAAUGCAAAACAGCUUCCGGGACCCAAACAGUUACCAGGACUUUCAAGAAACAGGCCCCAGCUUAGGUAGCAACUUUCACCUGUUCUCAUUUAAAUUUUUUUCCCAUGCAUUUGUCACCUUCUCCAAAGGAGGUUAUUUUCAUGCACACUCAUGAAUUUUACCCACUCAAUUAUCCCUGGCAAAAAUGAGGGACUAUUUUUGGUUUUGGUUGUCGGAAAAAGCGUAUUUUCCCGCUGCAUAAGUAAUUUUUUUGUGCUCAGUGGACCUAACAUAAGUCCUGUAGGUUUUUUUCCCACAUGUGACAAAAUACUUUGGGGUUGGCUGAAGGAAAACAAAUCUUCCAACAUUGGAAAUUGACAAUUCUCUGGUACACAGGGUCCAAUAUUGCAAGCAAAAUUUGGAAUUCAAGAUUUCAAGCUUAGUUUGUGGUCACAGUCUCUUAAGGUCUGAAUGAGCACCCACCCUCCUCACCCCCUGAACUGAAAUGGUUUUGUUCUGUCAAUUGCAAGAGAACCUGUCUCCUAAUUCCUUUGAAGCAAAGGAAAUACAGAGAUAUCUGCAUGCAGGAUCAUUGCAAGAUAGCGACUCAAAAUUGAUAAUGCUCAAAUUUUCAGGUAUAAUGUCUUGAGAAGACUUCUUCCUUUGUCAAGCCUGCUCUUUGCCUGUUGUAUGCUAAAGAAGAAACCUUCCAUAAUGGUUGUCACUGCUGUUGUUCUUGUUGUUUUAGGCUGUAUUAUUGCAGGUACAUUUUCAUGGUUUGUAAUUUUUAACAAAGGUUCGGAUCAGUUGAGGUUUUCAGUAACUGACCACCUACCCCUCCCUUAAGUCAACAUUAACACUUACUUCUCACUUAAGGCAAAAUUAUGACUGAGGGGAGGGGUAGGUAGUCAGUAACCCAGACACCUCAAUUGAAACUUUUUAACCUGGGACCAGAUUUUCAAAUGCCUCCAAGGUUAAUUAUCCUGAGAACUGGUUCUCAACAAAAACUUGUUGUUAUAAGGAAAUACGUGUUGAUAUUGAGAGAAAACUGCCUUUUCUGUGUAUCUGUUACGGAUCAAAAUUAAAUUCAGGUUAAAAUUUGUUAACCCAGGUUGAUUCUCAAUUUCCUUUGUCUGGAGACAAAGGAAAUUGAAAUCAACUUAGGUUAAAAAAUUUUAACGCAAUAUAAUUUUGACCAGUAACAUAUCUAACCCAUGCAAAGGUCAAGCCAUUUGUAGGGCAAAGGCCUGGCCCCAGUUGUUCAAAAGGUGGAUAACCCUAUCCACCGGAUAAAUAACUAUCCUCUGUAUGGCGCAAUAUUAUUGGUUUCCCUAAUACUUAUCCGUUGGAUUGUGAUUUAUCCUGUGGAUAGCGCUAUCCAGCUUUUGAACAACUGGGGCCUGGUGGACUGAACCCGUGAACUCCCUCCUUGCAAGCCAGUGCCCUCCCACUCAGAUGUUCUUAGUGCUUCAUCACAUAAUCCUGCCCUAGGAAUGCAGGAAUGCUUGACGAAGCCCUGAGAGAUCUGUGUGGCAUGCGGCUGACACUCUAGCGCUCUACUGACUGAAUCAAUCCUGCUAUAAUUAUUUAUUCUUUUUUUGUUAUUAGGCUUUGGGGAUCUGGAAUUCUCUGCAUUAGCCUACAUUUAUGCUCUCGCAAGUGUUGUUUGUCAGUCAUUUUACUUGACGUACAUUCAAAAGACUGGAGUAGAGAAAGGUUUCUGUACUCUGACUGUGCUUCACACAAAUUGCGUUAACUGCAUACCUGUACUUUUUUUGUACACGAUUUUCAACAAUGAGCUGCUGGCAGCUUUUAGAUUUGAUGGAUAUGACACACUUGCCUUCCAGGUUAGUUUUUUUUUUAGUAGAGACCUUAAGAUUAAGGUUUGGCCAUCUUAUCGCAAAUGGCAAACCAUGGUUUGGGGUUAGCAGUUUCACUUUAUCCGCCUGCCCAUAUUUAGGAAUUAAGAUUUCUGUGUGGUAGCUCACAGGGCCAUGUUUGUUUUUACUCAUUCGUUCACUUCUAUUUUAGCUGAGAAAUUGUCGUCAAAGUUAAUUACAUUUGUAGGAAAAAUGGUUCAAUAACUAAUAUUACCAAAAGAGUUCUAAAAUUCUUCAGACUGAUUUAUAAAAAGGGAUUAUAUUUUUGGAUUUAUAUCAAAGGGAUCUAAUUUUUUUGUCCAACUUUGUCAAUAUUUUUGUUAUAGUCAGUUUAUUUAAAUGGACCUUAAGAGAGAGGUCAGGCGCGGAUCCAUACCAGUUUCCACCGUUUUAUGGAAAACGGUUAGAUUUUCCGUAACAGAUAAAUUUUUUUAGAGAAAAAACUUUCCAAGUUGCAAGGCUUUUUCCGAGGAGAAUGGAACUGGCCAAUAUCCUGAAUGAAUUAGAAACCCAGGAAAGGGAACUUUGGGGAGUUAAAAUCUAAAAACUUUUCCGCGGCAGCAUGUACCCGAAUCCCCCCCUCAAGAAGCUUGCACCUUCGGUGAUCGUUUAGGAAAUCGGUCAGUACACAUCCUAGAUCCGCGCCUGGAGGUUACUAGCCUGUAUAGCUGGUAGGGUGUGAGGUAAUGAAUAAUUAGCAUUGAAGGAAAAGAGGAAAAAACCUUCAAUGACUCAUCCCUAUUCUUCUCGCAGCUUUACAUUCUAAACAAAAACAAAAUGGCAUCAGAGGAAUAAAGUUAAUUCAUAUAUGGUAAAUCCCUCCAGUUACGCAUGCUAAGAAGUUCUCAUGUACUAUUGUACUUUAAGAUUAUCGCUUUCUGUUGUUGGACUUUUCCAAUCUCUUCUCAGUCCAUCAGAGUAAAUGAAGAGUUGGUGAAACAGGAGAGAAGCCUAAAACUGGCUACACUGUACCACAAAAGAAUUGGAGUUGAACUUGUACCAAUACUCAUUCCCUUCUCACACUGAAAUGCCCACUAAACUGGGCAUUUCUCCCCUCUCACCCCACACAGGAAAAGGCUAAUUUUUUAUCUUUGGCUAGGCUGCUCUUUUCCUUGACGUCAGCAUGGGCUGCCUGCUGAGUUAUUCUCUCUUUUUAUGCACAACAAUGAAUUCUGCUCUAACAACAAGGUGAGUGCAUAGAAAUGUCGGAUAAUUUAUACAAAAAUGAGUGGGAAAAACAGUGAGUGGCUGGGGUAUGUUGAGAAAGCCAAGCGUCCCCUUUCCUUCUCCCUCCUUAUUUUUUUUUCUGCUCUUUGUCUUUACACCACACUUCAUGCAUGGGUCAAACGUUUAACCCUUUUUAUUCCUUUCUAGCUGCUGUUGUCUUUUACUUACUUAAAUCUAACUUUCAUUCUCUUUUAGCCUUGUGGGGGUUGUCAAAGGAGUGUCAACAACAAUCAUUGGUUUCUUUACAUUUGGUGGGGUCCCUGUGACAGCACUAACAAUAAUAGGAAUUUUUCUAAACACUCUUGGAGGUGCACAGUACACCUAUGCUAAAUAUGCAGAAAAGAUGACCUCAGAAAUUGAGAAACAUUUUCAUAAACACACCAUCAAAGUAAAGCCAGUAACAUCAGAUGAACACAAGGUAAAGCCAAAGAAUGGACUUGUCGGCAGUUCAGAGCAUGGAGAUGAGGACAAGCCAAUUAACGGUUUUGUUCAUAAAGCAGAGGUAGUCAUAGAUGUGGAUGAUGAACAGACUCAACCUAGUAGCGAUUCAGGUUCUACCAGUGACUCAGAAAUGAGUGUAGAAUGAUCUCACUGUGGCAAUUCUUUUUUUUCCCUCUUCACUGAACCCUACUAAAGCUAUGGACUCAUAAAUCCCCCUCUGAAAAAACACAAAAAUAGCCAUCUUAGUGAAAAGAAAAGUGCGCAUUACACUCAUCCAGGCGAAAGAAAAACAAGUGACGUGUCUUUCCGACUCCUGGACUAGGAGAAUGCAGGCUCUUGGGCAUCCCAACCUUGUUAGACAAACAGUGACCUAUGGCACCCUAUGUUAAAUAGCAUUUAGCCAUUUCGUUUUUGAAAAGACAGCAUCAACUAAUCGAGCAUGAGCCACCCAAAGGCAUGGUUCUAAACGUGCGGGAAUGAAGUAGCUUUCCUGGGUUCCACCCCAUGUGCAACACACCCCUGCAAGAAAUGAAGGGCUACAAAAUAUUUUGUUGUUCUUCACCUUGUAAAAUUAAAGGUUCCACCCUUGUUCACAAACUCUUAGCUGCAACAAAUUCACAAAAAAAAACUACUCAUCAAUUCAAAUACAAGAAAAACGAAAAUUGGUCCAAGUCUACAAAAUAUUUUUGUUUUUAAUUCACCUUGGGCUAAAAUGAGUUCCCUUAAAGAAUGUCUUUCACCAUCAUCGCAGUUCAUUAGUCAUUUUUGGGUUGCUCUUGAGACUGAUUUUGUGUUGUCUCGAAUGGCACUUUGGGAUUGCUUUGGAGAACAAAUUUGGACCCAGUUUCGUCCACAGCCUCCUCAGUAGGCAAUAAUGGGAGAGAUAGGGCCCCCAAAACAAUCUUUUGACUAAUACCGUAAAAUUCCGAAAAUAAGCCCCGGGGCUUAUAUUUUUCAAAGGCCCUUUUUGAGGGGCUUAUAUUCGGAGGGGCUUAUCUACGGAGGGAAAUUUGCGUUUCAAAAUCGAUUGGGCUAGCCAUAUAGUUGGAAGUAAAUAUACCGUUUUUGGUUUGUUUUACUUUGUAUUUGAGGGCAAUUUUCCAAGUACAAGCCCCCGGGGGGCUUAUAUUUGGAGGGGCGAUUUAACGGAGGGUUUUUUGCGUUACCGGUUUGGGGGGCUUAUAUUUGGAGGGGCUUAUUUUCGGAAUUUUACGGUAUUGCAAUACGAAACACUCAGCCUCAAAAGGGCCAAUAGAAAAAAGGUAGAAUUUUAUGUUUUAUUUAACGUAUUUUUGGGAUAAAAUUAGUGAUAUUGUAAAGAUGUGCUGUUUGUUACUUAAAGGGGAAAUAUUUAUUUAAAAAAAUUUUUCAAAGAAUUCUUUCAUAUUUAGAAAAAAAGAAUAUAAUUUUAUUCAUUUAUAAAAUGGUACUUGCUUAUGUUUUAAAUGUGUCCUAAUAUAACAUUACGAAAGUAUUAUGAAAGGGCCUGACUGGAGCUCGAGGUGUACCACUUUCAUUAGUUAUUUAAUUUAUUUAUUCGUUCGUUUCCCGAGAAUUGAGUAUUUUAAAGGUAUUUAACAAUUAUUCCUCGAUCCCGAAUGGGCUCUGAGUCAAUUCGGCAUCAUGGGCUAUUGACUCAGAGGCCAUGAUGGCGAGAGGAAUAAUUGUUUUAGUAAAAUCCAACUAGUUGGUCAAAAUAUAUCGACACAAAACAACUUUAGCUAGCCUUUAAUCCUUUUUUGCCGCCAAAAGGCCGGCUCUUUUCGCUACUAGUGGGCUAUAACAUAUAGCCUAGUAGUAGCUCAACCAAUCAGAACACAGCAUUGAUGAUAGACCACUAGUUGGAUUUUACUAACAAUGUUAGACGGAGACGGAGAUACAGGCAUAGGUGCGGUAUUUGACCCUUCCUUUUCCCCUCUCUGGUGAUUUUGACCUCAAAUUUUGCCCUGAACUGCAGUUUUGUUAUUCCCAAAGAAGGAUAUUUUAUCAAAUUUGAACUAUUUUUCCGUUCCAAGGGUCGUCAAUUUGACCAAAAAACUCAAAUGCCGCACCCUACCUCUCUCCGUCCAAACAUGUGCCAUCACGCUUCCUAUGAAAUUAAAAAAAGCUUGCAAACGAAUGUCCUUCAAUGAAACGACGCAACGCUGGCCUGAUCUGAGACUGCGCAGUGAAAGGGCCAUAACGUCAAGGCGUAAAGAAACCCACAAAUAUGACCCUUCACAAAUAUUUCUGAGAGUAGAAUGAAAUCUUUCGAGACCCACGAUUUGUCUAGGCAACAUAGGAUCCUGGAAAGGAGGUUCUUUUCCAGGUACCAUUCUCCACUCCUACUUAACCAGGUUAGAUUCUUUUACCUGUUGUCCCCGGGGGGUGGGUACUUCCUAGUAAUGGGGAUGUGCCGCUGGAUGGGGUCACAUUUACACG